AUGUGGCUCUCGCUUGUCUUCUGUCUCUCAUCCGGCUGCCAUCCGCCGAUCCGGCUUCAUACGACAACACGCCUCAUCGUGGUCCUGGUGGCGGCAGCAGCAGCAGCGGUGGCGGUGGGCAUGCCCGUGGGCAGCCAUGGCGACGAGGCGGCCCAGGCGGUGGCCGAGGGGCUGCGAAUGGUGCGGUGGAAUGCGACGCGUGCGGCAUGGCUGAGCCUCAGUGAGAUCGAUGAGCUUGUGGCGGACGGCGGUGCGGCAAGCCGGUUUGUGGACGUGACGGAGAGCGAGGGGCUGGGCAAGGGGUACCCCGUGGCGGUGGCGGGCAAGUACGUCUUCCCGGCCCAGCCCAUGCACAAGGCUGUGGUGGGAGUGCUGGCCAACAAGGUGGAGGUCUCGGCCAUGGUGGCCAACGUGGAGACCUUCUCCUCCUUCUACACCCGCUACUACACCUCGGACACCGGCCGCCGCGCCGCCGAGUGGGUCCACGAUCUGGCCUCCGUCUACGCCGGCGCACACCCCGGCAUCACGGUCGAGUACUUUGCCAACUCCUUCCUCCAGCCCUCGGUCAUCGUCACCAUCGCCGGCCAGACAAGCGACAUCGUCAUCCUCGGCGCACACAUUGACUCGGUCGGCUCGUCGUCCACCGGCCGCGCCCCGGGCGUUGACGACGACGGCUCAGGCACCGUCACCCUGCUCGAGACCCUCCGCAUUCUCGCUGCUGCGGGCGUUGAGCCAUACAACACCAUCCAGCUCCAGUUCUACGCCGCCGAGGAGGUCGGCCUCCGCGGCUCGGCCGCCAUCGCCAACAAGUACGCUUCCGAAGGUAAGACCAUUGUCGGCAUGGCGCAGUUUGAUAUGACGUGCUACGACGGCUCGUCGGCCGUGCCCACCGUCGGCAUCGUCACCGACUACACCUCGGCCCCGCUCAACGCCUUCCUCCGGCUUCUGGUCGACGCGUAUACCCUCGAGGCGACGUGGACCGACACCAAGUGCGGCUACCGCUGCUCGGACCACGCGUCGUGGACCUCGGUCGGCGUCGACGCCGUCUUUCCUUUUGAGGCCGAGUUCACCAAGUCCAACCCCUUUAUCCACGGCUCGACCGACACCCUCGAUCAUUGCUCCGAGGCCCACAUGCGCGACUUUGCCCGGCUGGCCAUCGGCUUUGCCAUCGAGCUCUCGCUCCUUCAGCCUCAACCGUGACGCCCGCACAGUGCCGUACAGCAUUCAUCGGACAUCCCGCAUCGAGCAUAACACAUCACACUAGCUGCUGCA